AUGGCAAGCCAGGGUGACUGCUGUGUCAAGGUGGCCGUCAGGAUCCGGCCCCAGCUCUCCAAGGAGAAGAUUGAAGGCUGUCACAUCUGCACCUCAGUCACUCCUGGGGAGCCCCAGGUGCUGUUGGGGAAGGACAAGGCCUUCACCUACGACUUUGUCUUUGACCUGGACACCUGGCAAGAGCAGAUCUACACAGCUUGUGUGGGCAAGCUUAUCGAAGGCUGCUUUGAAGGCUACAAUGCCACAGUGUUGGCCUAUGGACAGACAGGAGCUGGGAAGACAUACACCAUGGGCACUGGCUUCGACAUAAACACGUCAGAUGAGGAGCAUGGUAUCAUCCCAAGGGCCAUAGCCCACCUCUUCAGAGGCAUUGCCCAACGCAAGAGACAGGCCCAGGAGCAGGGAGUGCCUGGGCCCGAGUUCAAAGUCAGUGCACAGUUUCUGGAGCUUUACAAUGAGGAGAUCCUGGAUCUGUUUGACAGCACCCGAGAUCUUGACUCCCGCCACCGAAAAUCCAACAUCAAGAUCCAUGAAGAUGCCAAUGGGGGUAUCUACACCACAGGCGUCACCUCCCGUCUCAUCAGUUCCCAAGAAGAGCUGAUCCAGUGUUUGAAGCAAGGAGCUCUGUCCAGGACCACAGCCAGCACACAAAUGAACGUGCAGAGCUCCCGCUCUCAUGCCAUCUUCACCAUCCACCUGUGCCAGAUGCGAGUCUGUGCCCAGCCUGACCUGGUGAAUGAUGAGGUGCCCGGCCUUACUGAUGGCACAGCCCCUACCAAUGAGUAUGAGACACUCACGGCCAAGUUUCAUUUCGUCGAUCUGGCAGGUUCUGAGCGACUGAAACGGACCGGGGCCACAGGCGAGAGGGCCAAAGAGGGCAUCUCUAUCAACUGUGGCCUGCUGGCGUUGGGUAAUGUGAUCAGUGCCCUUGGAGACCAGAGCAAAAAGGCGGUACACGUGCCCUACCGGGACUCCAAACUCACCCGACUCCUUCAGGACUCACUCGGGGGUAACAGCCAGACGAUCAUGAUUGCUUGUGUGAGUCCAUCGGACCGGGACUUUAUGGAGACCCUGAACACGCUCAAGUAUGCCAACCGGGCCCGGAACAUCAAGAACAAGGUGAUCGUGAACCAGGAUAAGACCAGCCAGCAGAUCAGUGCCCUUCGGGCUGAGAUUGCCCGCCUGCAAAUGGAGUUGAUGGAAUACAAAGCGGGUAAGCGAGUGAUUGGCGAGGAUGGCUCAGAGGGCUACAGUGACCUGUACCGGGAGAAUGCCAUGCUGCAGAAAGAGAAUGGCACACUGCGAAUGCGGGUGAAAGCCAUGCAGGAGGCCAUCGAUGCCAUCAACAACCGAGUCACCCAUCUCAUGAGUCAGGAGGCCAACCUGCUCCUGGCUAAAGCUGGAGAUGGCAAUGAGGCUAUUGGUGCUCUGAUCCAGAACUAUAUCCGAGAGAUUGAGGAGCUUCGAACAAAGCUUCUGGAGAGUGAAGCAAUGAAUGAAUCUCUGCGCCGUACCCUCUCGCGGUCCUCCAUGAGGCCCCCCUACUCCACAAGCAGUCCCACUCCCCAAACCCAAGGAGGCUAUCUGAGUAGCCCGUCAUCUUCCAUGGAAACAGAGGCCUUUGAGGUGAUCCGCAAAGCCAAACAAGACCUGGAACGGCUAAAGAAAAAGGAGACCAGACAAAGAAGAAAAAGCCCAGAGAAGGAGGCAUUUAAAAAGAGAGCAAAGUUACAUCAAGAGAAUGGAGAAGAGACAGAUGAGAAUGAAGCUGAGGAGGUGAACUUCCAAGCUGACCUGGCCGACUUGACCUGUGAGAUCGAGAUCAAGCAGAAGCUGAUCGAUGAGCUGGAGAACAGCCAGCGCCGACUGCAGACUCUGAAGCACCAGUAUGAGGAGAAGCUGAUCCUGCUACAGAACAAGAUCCGGGACACCCAGCUCGAGCGGGACCGAGUGCUCCAGAACCUCAGCACCAUGGAGUGCUACACCGAGGAGAAAGCCAACAAGAUCAGGGCCGAUUACGAGAAGCGUCUGCGGGAGAUGAAUCGGGACCUUCAGAAGCUGCAGGCGGCCCAGAAGGAGCACGCCCGGCUGCUCAAGAACCAGUCCCGUUACGAGCGGGAGCUCAAGAAGCUCCAGGCUGAGGUGGCCGAGAUGAAGAAGGCUAAGGUUGCUUUGAUGAAGCAAAUGAGGGAGGAGCAGCAACGGAGGCGGCUGAUUGAAACCAAGAGGAACCGAGAGAUAGCACAGCUCAAGAAGGAGCAAAGGCGGCAGGAGUUUCAGAUCCGGGCUUUGGAAUCUCAGAAGCGUCAGCAGGAGAUAGUGUUGAGGAGGAAAACCCAGGAGGUGUCUGCACUGCGUCGCCUGACCAAGCCUAUGUCAGAACGAGCAGCAGGACGGGUCGGGAUGAAGCCUCCCAUGAUGGACUCUGGGGCAGAGAUAUCAGCCAGUGCCACAUCAUCUGAGGCAGAGUCUGGGGCCCGCUCUGUCUCAAGUAUUGUGCGCCAAUGGAAUCGAAAGAUCAACCACUUUCUGGGGGAUCCAGCAACUCCAGUCAAUGGCACUCGUCCUGCCAGGAAGAAGUUCCAGAAGAAGGGAGUCAGCCAGACCUUCAGCAAAGCUGCCCGGUUAAAGUGGCAAUCCCUAGAACGGCGAAUCAUUGACAUCGUCAUGCAAAGGAUGACAAUUAUCAACCUAGAGGCUGAUAUGGAGAGGCUCAUCAAGAAAAGGGAGGAGCUAUUUCUCCUUCAGGAAACACUGAGGAGAAAGAAGGAAAAGCUUCAGGAAGAGAGUCCAGAGGAGGAAAAGGGGGUACAGGAGCUGAGUGAAGAGAUUGAGGUGCUAGCGGCCAACAUCGACUACAUCAAUGACAGCAUUUCUGAUUGUCAGGCCACCAUUGUACAGCUGGAGGAGACCAAGGAAGAACUCGAUUCCACAGACACAUCAGUGGUCAUCAGCUCCUGUUCACUGGCUGAAGCCCGACUGUUGUUGGACAACUUUCUCAAGGCCUCCAUCGAAAAGGGUCUACAGGUGGCCCAGAAAGAGGCCCAGAUUCGACUGUUGGAGGGACGACUGAGGCAAACAGAUAUGAACAACUCCUCUCAGAACCACCUUCUCCUGGAUGCCCUUCGAGAGAAGGCUGAGACCCACCCGGAACUGCAGGCCCUGAUUCACAAUGUGCAGCAAGAGAAUGGAUAUGCCAGCACAGACGAGGAAAUCUCAGAGUUCUCAGAGGGGAGCUUCUCCCAGUCCUUCACUAUGAAGGGUUCCACCAGCCAUGAUGAUUUCAAAUUCAAGGGGGAGCCCAAGCUGUCUGCUCAGAUGAAGGCGGUGUCAGCCGAGUGCCUGGGUCCCCCGCUGGACAUCUCCACCAAGAACAUCACUAAAUCUCUGGCCUCACUUGUGGAGAUCAAAGAGGACGGGGUGGGCUUCUCCGUCCGAGACCCCUACUACCGAGACAAGGUCUCCCGCACCAUCAGCCUGCCCACCCGUGGCAGCACGUUCCCACGGCAAUCCCGAGGCUCUGACACCUCGCCUCUGACCCGCAGGAAAUCCUAUGACCGAGGGCAGCCUAUCAGGUCCUCGGAUAUGGCCUUCACACCCCCUUCGUCCCCCCCUACACGGCCCCGCAAUGACCGCAACGUCUUCUCUCGCCUCACCAGCAAUCAGAGCCAGGGGUCAGCACUGGACAAGUCUGAUGACAGCGACUCCUCUAUCUCGGAGGUCCUGAGGGGAAUCAUCAGCCCCAUCGGUGGAGCAAAGAGUGCCCGGACUGCUCCUUUGCAGUGUGUCUCAGUGGCUGAGGGUCACACCAAGCCCAUUCUUUGCUUGGAUGCCACUGAUGAGCUGCUCUUCACAGGAUCAAAAGACAGAAGCUGCAAAAUGUGGAACCUGGUUACGGGGCAGGAGAUUGCCUCUCUGAAGGGUCAUCCCAACAAUGUUGUUUCUAUCAAGUACUGUGGCCAUUUGGGUCUGGUGUUCUCCGUCUCUACUUCCUAUAUCAAGGUGUGGGACAUCCGGGAUUCUGCCAAGUGCAUCCGCACCCUCACGUCCUCGGGCCAAGUGAUCUCUGGAGACGCCUGCGCAAGCACCACCAACCGAACCGUCACCAGUGCUCAAGGGGAACACCAGAUCAACCAGAUCGCCCUCAACCCCACAGGCACCACUCUCUAUGCUGCCUCUGGCAACUCAGUCCGAGUCUGGGAACUCAACAGGUUCCAGCCCAUUGGGAAGCUGACUGGCCACAUUGGUCCCGUGAUGUGCUUGACGGUCAACCAGACUUCCAAUCACCAUGAUCUUGUGGUGACUGGCUCCAAAGAUCACUAUGUCAAGAUGUUUGAGCUGGCAGAAAGUGUAAUGGGCAACAUCAGCCCCACCUACAACUUUGAGCCCCCACACUAUGACGGCAUCGAGUGCCUGGCCAUCCAAGGCGACAUACUCUUCAGUGGUUCCCGGGACAAUGGAAUUAAGAAGUGGGAUCUGGAGCAGCAGGAGCUCAUUCAGCAAAUUCCAAACGCCCACAAGGACUGGGUAUGUGCCCUGGCCUUCGUCCCUGGCCGACCCAUGCUGCUGAGUGCUUGCCGAGGGGGCUUCAUCAAGGUCUGGAAUGUGGAAAACUUCACACCCAUUGGAGAGAUCAAAGGUCACGACAGCCCCAUCAAUGCCAUCUGUACCAAUUCCAAGCACAUUUUCACGGCCUCCAGUGACCUGACAGUGAAAUUCUGGAGCGGAAGGCGGCUACCCAGCAGCACAUCUUAG